GACCCGCGCAUAUACGUGUGAGCCUCGUGGUGAAAAAGUACUUUUUGUUCUUGUGAAGUGCGUCGUUACGAACCUGAAACACUCGCGCAUUUCCCUGUGUCGUGUGAAGAAGUACUUUUCCUUUAAAUUGUGCUUCGUUACGAAAGUUCCCACCUCAACGAGCCGUUUCUGUGUGCACUUUCCUGGUGAACUGUGGACAGAAAAGCAACGAGAGGAGUCCGCACCUAGACGACAAGCAAGGAAAGGUCAUCGCUACUUGGGACCCGGGAACCCCUUAGACAACGGCCAACCUGUGGACAGAGACGAUUGGAUAGCCCGGCAACACGAUCACGACUAUUCCAAGGCAACUAGCGACCAAGACAUCUUUACAGCCGAUCACAAGGCCAUCGGCGACUUUGUAAGUGAUUGGAGCGACCGGGGUUCGUGGCACUCUCUCGUUGGUGCAGCUGGGCUCGGUUUUAAAAACCUAGUAGAGGAAAAGGCUCUCGGCCGUACACUCUAUGGAGGAGGGGAAAACAUGUCCGGACGGAAACGUGGUCACGAUAGCGGGUCAUCACCUGACUUCAAGCGGCUCUAUGGAGAUUCAGUCGUCAACUUCAUCGAGCGAGCCCUUUACUCCGGAAGCGCCGCAGCAGAUUCGUCAACAAGCAACGCAGACCCGUGCCCAACGGACCAGGAGACCUCGCAAGAACUCACCCAACGCGGGCCCGGAGGAGCAGGAAUUGGAAGUAAUACUCAAAAUGAAGGAGUCGUCGUACAGCAAAUUUUGCGCGUCCCCAGAGACCAAGGAGUGGUUUCAGUGUAUAAUGACAGUAAAUUACUUACCACCUGGGGGUACGCCACCGUGUUAACGAAGAUAACGUACACGCACGACAAAAAGUAUUACGGCUACUUUACGUCCAUGUCUCGCCUGCCCGUCGAGUUUCCCUACCUCUAUAUUACACCGGGCACUUUUAAAUCGCUGCCUCCAGACACCAAAGCCCUUUCUUGCCGCGCAAAAAUAACGCCUCACGGCAUCCGCACUCCCUGGAAAACUGGAUCUACCAUAGUACAGCCGGUCAAUUCAGACAUGUUGGUGUACGGGGUGAGUUCGGUGGGAUUAAACUUGUACCUGGACACGGGCAUGGCCAAGCCGGGCACGGGCACGACAGACAAUCAAAUGGUAACGACGGAACCGAGCGAGUUUCACACAAACGACCAUCGCCUCUUGAUCGAAAAGUACUGGGGCGUAAGCAUGGACAGUAGCGGCACUUUAACAAAAUCCGACACAAUCCCCACGUGCAUGGGGGUACCGCGGCACAACAACUGUUACGACUUUAUUCAUUGUGCCGACUUUGCACCCCGCACCAACAAGUUUAUUAACACUUUCCCCUUCAAAAGUCACGUUGGCACUCCCAUAAUUAAUUACGAUUACACUUUUCAAAACGGCUGGCUGCGUACGUGCGCCCCAAUGUGCGGGGAUUCCAACACGUACAUAGCCGCCCCUUCGACCGUAAUGGGAAAACAACUUUCGACCCUGGACUCUACAAUCAAGGACACCAGCGUGCAAAAUUCCGUAAUAAUGCUACAGCGAGAGGAUUUUGACAGCGAGUACGACAGGCCCAUCGAGCGCGAACACAGCCACCAAGGUUUAAUACACAAUCCCCCCAAUUGCAGCAAGGCGCAGCCUAGCGUGGGCUUUGGAAUUUUGGCAGUAAGCAAAAAAUCGAUCGAUUCUCCGGGCAGCAACGAUAAAUUUCAAGACGUGUCGGCAUUUUUCCAGGUGGACACAGAACUGGUGCUUCACUCGAGCAACGAUACAAUAUCGCCCAUGCAAAAAAUUAACAGCGCGUGCCACCAACACUUUACCAAAACUAAGGUAAACAAGUAUAUCCCAGCUAACCGACAAACACACUUGGGCCACUACACAUAUCACGAAUCUGCCGGAACUGCCAAGUUACUCUCUGUACCAUUCAAGCCAUAAUAAAGAAACUUUUUAUUGUUUCUUGUACCCACAUCGCCUGCAUAUCUCGUUAUUCGUCAACCAAUUGACUACUCUGUCCCAUUCUUCGUCCAUUGCUCGUACCAUCCGCUGACAGUAAUCAUUUUCGCUUUCAUCUUCUCU